CACCAGGUUUGGAUCAAAGUUCAGUUGCUGGGUCAAACACAUGAAGUACUGACAUUAUUACAGUUUGUCAUACCAGACACCCACCAAAACAAUAACGCUGUGAGGAGAGACAACAGGACACUGACAAGAAUGGAUACCACAUCUUCAUUAAUCAAAUCAGUAACCAAGCGAGUGUGGUCCCCACCACAACGACCUUUCAGAGUGUGUUGUCACAACAGAGAGACGAGGAAGGGCAUCACAGCUGGGACCCUGGAGGAACUGAAAGAAAGGGUAUGCCAGGCGUUGCUGCUGUCCCUGUCUGCAGUGUCUCUGUCUCUGGUUUGUGAGGAGGAUGGUACAGAGGUAGACUCCGAUGAGUUCCUCAUGACGCUGCCAGACAACACUGUUCUCAUGGCCCUGGAGCCCGGACAGACUUGGAGACCACAGCCAGGUGCAGUCAUACCCAAAUCUCAAGACCACAACAAGCCUCGGACCGGAAAAGACAUCGCUCGUGUCACCUUUGACCUUUACAGGUUGAGCCCUAAGGAUGUGUUUGGUUCCCUGAGUGUCAAGGCCACAUUUCAAGGCCUGUACUCAGUGAGCGCUGACUUCCAGUGUCUGGGGCCCAAGAAAGUCCUCAGAGAGGCUCUGCGUGUGGCCUCCACCCUCCUUCAGGCUGCUGGACACCUGCUCAUCACUUCCGCUUCCAUGAUCCGUCGCAUUAUUGAAGGUGCUGAAUUUUGGCAGCCGCAGAGGGCAGAGUACACAGCCAGCUGGAACUGAAAGAGCCAAGAGAGGCCUAUUUGUAUGGAACACACAGUAUAUAUGUGUGAUAUUGUUGAUUUAAUAAGGAAUUGAUAGGUUUGUCUGAAAUAUCCUGAAUUUAUUCUUACCAUUAAGCAUCUCAUUGGGUAGCCUUUGUAUUGUUUAAUUGAUCGGGUGUUUAUCUCUUUGAGAUGAAAUGAACAUCUGUUGAGGUAACAUCUGUAAAUGUUAGCAGUAUUUCACACACAAACGCAAAUCCUUAACAAUUAAGUGAAGGAAACGCAGAAACUGUCUUUAGUAACGGCAGAGGAAGCUUAGUAAUGUAGUUGGAUAACAUGAGAAGGAGUGUCAUACUUAUUAAAGUUAUUUUUCUAUUUUUUGUGCAAUAUAUUCUACAUAAUUGUUUGGUGUGCCAGAUUACUGGUGAAAAAAUAAAACAUUCAUCUGCUGAGAAAAACGUCAUCACUCAUUUUGUAGCUGUGUUGUUGUAGUUUGAAUGUUUUGUUGUAACUAAUCAUAAGAUGGAUCAUGUUCGAGCAACAAGCAAUGAAAGUGUUUUACUGAAAUGACAAUAAAAACAUCUGCAUAGUACAGAGGAAUGCACAUAAUGGAAAACUGCAUCUAGGUUGCAAAUGAGUACCUUUCUGAAAAUACUUUAUGUGUAUGUCAGCAAACAUAUUAAGAAAUCAGCAACAACAGUGAAACAAGUUCCAUAUUAAAGAAUACGCAAAGUCACAGGAAUGUGUCUAACUUGUUAACCUCCAUCAAACAUC